GGUGACAAGGCAAAUUCUUUAACGGUUCUAGUGGAAGCCGGUUACUAAACUUAGUUGGAGGUUGUGGGCGUCCCGCUCUUCAAGAGCUUGGCAAAGUGGCCCACCUGAUCUGAUUGGGAACUUCUAGUUCCUGUUUCUAUUUACAAAGAGUCUCUUGUUCCUUUUUCUUUCAUGGCCUAGCUUUGGGCAACAAAUUUUCCCCAUACAUCGGGAAGUCGGGCUCGAUAUUUCAUAAGCAGUCAGUGGCCUUGAUAAACCCAACAAACAAACAAACAACGAGGCAAAUUUAUUUUAUUUAAGAACUGCUCACACAUUGUGGGUCUAGGAUCGAUCCCCGGCACAAGUGAAACAUUGAACGUUUCCUUACACCUGCAUCUGUUCAUCUAACAAUGUAAAGAUGCCUGUGAAGUGCAACACAGGUUGCCAGAGGAAUGCUGUGCUGAAGAGACCUAAAACUGGAUAUGCGCUUUGUAAGGAAUGUUUUUUCUGGGCCUUUGAAGAAGAGGUGCAUCAUACUAUCACCACAGCAAAGCUCUUUACCCCAGGUGACUAUGUUGCCAUUGCAGCAUCAGGAGGAAAAGACUCUACAGUGUUGGCAUAUACAAUGAAGCUAUUAAAUGAUCGGUAUAAUUAUGGGCUGAAGUUAGUGUUGCUCUCUGUUGAUGAAGGAAUCACAGGUUACCGGGAUGAUAGCUUGGAGACAGUUAAGCGAAAUGAACAACAGUAUGAAAUCCCUCUCAAGAUAGUCUCUUAUGAGGAGUUGUAUGGAUGGACAAUGGACCGUAUUGUAAAGAAGAUUGGCCGAAAAAGUAAUUGCACAUUUUGUGGUGUGUUUAGAAGACAAGCAUUGGACCGAGGAGCAAGUUUACUGAAGGUUGAUAAAAUUGUGACUGGACACAAUGCUGAUGAUAUUGCUGAGACAGUCUUAAUGAAUAUUCUGCGAGGUGACAUUGCCAGACUUCAACGGUGUACUGCAAUAGUAACUGGUUCUGAAGGUGCAAUCCCAAGAUCCAAGCCAUUUAAAUAUACAUAUGAGAAGGAGAUUGUUAUGUAUGCAUAUUUUAAGAAGCUGGAUUAUUUCUCCACUGAAUGCAUUUAUUCACCAAAUGCUUAUCGUGGGUAUGCCAGAGCAUUCCUGAAGGAUUUGGAAAAGAUUAGGCCAACUUCCAUCAUUGAUAUUAUCCAUUCAGGCCUGGUUUUGUCAGAGAAGUGCAGCAUAUGUAACAGUGAGUGCUUCUCUGUGCGUGAGGGAGUUAAACUUCCAACUCAAGCAACAUGUGAACGUUGUGGCCACAUUUCUUCCCAGUCAGUAUGUAAAGCUUGUGUUCUCCUUGAGGGCCUUAACAAGGGCAAGCCAAGACUUGGCAUUGGUAAAACUUCUAAGGCCCGAGAACAUAUGGAGGAACUUGCAAUCAGCAAGCCUGAAAAUGAAUGCACGCAUGACUGUCAAACAUCUGUCAUUGAUUUAGACAGGCUCAAUCUUCAUGUUAAAAAUACAAAUUUGGAAUUUUGAUGACUGUUGAUUAUAGUAGAAUUUAGAAUGUUAUAUAAUGAUAAUAAAAAUUUUGACGAAUAUAAA